AAGAACUCCUUGCUACCCGCCUUUGCUGGGGCUCCUGGCUCUUGGGAUUCCUCAGCCUCCUUGCCGGUGUCUGCAGCACCGGGGCCAGGAGUUCUGGAGCACAUGUAAGUAAGAACCCUGAAAGCCGCACUGUGUUGAGGGAGAGCCGAGGCGGUUCGGUCCUGUUUUCUGUGAACAUGGACUCACAAGUGCAGCGGGGCGCUGAGCUGGAGGAGAUGACAUGGAGCGUCGGUCCUGAGUCAAAGCACAAAAUUAUGUUUCAAGUCCAUCGUGGGUCAGACCAGCCAACAUGGCAUGGUCUCGAGGCCAAGUACAAGUACAGGGUCCAUAUGCCCAAUAUGACAUCCCUGAGGAUUGACAACCUGACCCUUGAAGACAGUGGGCAAUACCACGCUAAUGUCAAACUCACUGGAGGAACAAUGUCCACUCAGAAGUUCCAUCUCAUUGUCUAUGAACCCGUCCCCUUCCCGCAGAUGGUGAAAAAGUCAUCCUCCCUUACACCAGACUGGUGCAAUGUUACACUGGAGUGCAGUGUCCCAGGGCCUGCAGAGCAGAACCUGAGCAUGACCUGUAAGAGCAAGGACCUUCCCACGAACCUGCAUCCAAGUAUCACAUCAGGACCAGGCACCAACUCCUGGACCUUUACUGUGGAUGUAGCCCUGAGUCAACCCCAGAGCCAGCCCAAUGGCAGCAUCGCCUGUGUGGUCAGCAACUCUGAGGAUGAGAAAACUGUCACCUUCGACCUGAAGGACACCUGUGUCCAUGGACAGACUGAUAAUAGACUCCUGAGAAUCAGCCUUGGCAUCUCUGUGUUUUUGCUUAUGACCUUGGGAGCUGGACUGUUCCUCUGGAAUACACAUUGGAAGAAGAAGAAGGAGGAGGAGGAGACCAGGAGAGGUUUGCAAACAGACUGCAGGGACGAUGAUGGUGACCUCAACUAUGUGGAAGUGGGCCAGCAGGAGGCUCCGAAGGGCAAGAAUAAGGGUAUCAGAGAGCAACAUCUGGAAGAAAAAGUGUCUCUCACUACCAUCUACAGUGAGGUCUGUAAACCAGGGCAAGCCAUGAAAAUACUUUAAUUGAGAAGGCAGGAGAAUCUGGUCCUCCUGAGACACCACCAUUGAGCCUGUCACCCUUUGGAUACUUGCCCUUCCAGCAGUGGCCUAGUUCCAGCUGCUCCUGGUUUGGAUUAUCCUGACCUUCCUAUCUGAAGCCCCCUGGGAACACAUGACACUGCUCUUCUCCUCAUCUCUUGCCUCCAGCUUCCCAUAGGAUGUCUACAAACUCAGGAUCCUCAGCCUGUGAAGUACGUGAGGCUGGAUUCUCUAGAAAAGCAAAAUCAGUUCUCUCUCAAACUCACCAGCUGAUCCACAGGA